UUACAGAUAACGCUUGCAACUGUGUUGGGCCUGAUUUGCUGAAUGUCGAAGAGCAGAAGACGGGUGCCUUCGAGUUUCCAAGUGACUCUGGCAAUAGGAGCAAUGAGGUUCAUAUAUACAGUGUCUGUUCAGGCACAGGCUGUAACACAGUCCCUGUUUUCUCAACGAUCAUAAGGAGUGAGGGACAAACUCAUUAUGAAGAGUGAUCUGGUUUUCUUUGUCUCUGUAAUUAGCCUUGCCUUCCUGUCCCUGCCAAGAUCUGGAUAUGCUCAGCAUAUUGCAGAAGAAUCCUGCUCUGUUCAGAUUCUCGUCCCAGGCCUCAAAGGGGAAGCUGGAGAAAAGGGGGAGAAAGGAGCACCGGGCCGCCCAGGAAGAGUGGGACCUCCAGGAGAAAGAGGAGAAAUGGGGGAGAAAGGAGAGAAGGGAAGCAUGGGUCGGCAUGGAAAAAUUGGCCCGAUUGGUUCAAAAGGUGAAAAAGGAGAUAAUGGAGAUGUAGGCCCUCCUGGUCCUAACGGAGAUCCAGGCAUUCCUUGUGAAUGUGGCCAGCUCCGUACAGCCAUUGGUAAAAUGGAUAACCAAGUGGCCAUGCUGACAACAGAGUUAAAGUUCAUUAAAAAAGCACUGCCCUCCCCCGCAGCUGUCGCUGGUGUGCGUGAGACAGAUAAUAAGAUCUACUUGCUGGUGAAAGAAGAGAAGAGGUACAUGGAUGCGCAGCUCUACUGCCAAGGAAGAGGAGGGACACUGAGCAUGCCCAAGGAUGAAAACACCAAUGCCCUUAUUGCUUCGUACAUCAAUCAAGCGGGCCUCAGCCGAGUUUUCAUCGGCAUUAAUGACCUAGAGAAGGAGGGUAACUUUGUGUAUUCUGACAGAUCUCCCAUGCAGACCUUCAGUAAAUGGAGCACUGGAGAACCAAAUAAUGCUUAUGACGAGGAGGACUGUGUAGAAAUGAUAGCUUCAGGGGGAUGGAAUGAUGUUGCCUGUCAUAUUACAAUGUAUUUUGUUUGUGAAUUUGACAAAGAAAAUGUGUAAAAAUAUUUGAGUUCUCCCCUAUUGUGUGCUCUGUUUUUGAAUUAAAGUUGGGCGUAAGCCGGGGUGUACUUCUGCACUAGGUAGCAUUUUGCAUACCCAAGCAUAACAUGAAUAAAGGGGUGCAGUCAAAAAUAUUCUGUAAUGUAAAGUGAUGUAAACUUCAGUUG